AUGAUUGCAGGAGGAGUGAGCUACUUGCCCGGAGCGAUACCAGCACUGUUUUCAUUCCGAAUGAAGCUGCGAAACCAUGAAGUGUUGCUGCAGCAGAUGGCAGAGUUUGAUGUCACAGCUGCUGCUUGUACUGAUCCCGCUGAUCGAGAUGCGGUUGAGCACCACGUACGGGAACUCUUUCGUGACAGUAAUAGCCCUUUGGCAGCUGACACGCAGAGGGGUACUUUGGAUGAUGCAGAGGCGCUUCCCGGGCAGGACCUUCAUGGCGAUCCCUUGGACCGCUUCAACGCCUAUGUCAGAGCAACCCUGCGGGAAUCCAUGAUGGCGCAGAUUGGCGAUGAGCUCUACCUGCCUUGGCGCCUCUGUCUUACGGCCUCCCUUCCAAUGACUUUGUACUCAACCGUCAGUGUGUUGGGUUGUGACAACGAACCCUGUGCCGAAUCCGCCCAGAUGCAAGGCUAUCGGUCUACAGCUCAGUACAUGUUCACCCAAGGGUGUUUCUGGCUCCUUACAUUGCUCAUUUCGUAUCCGGUGGUCUUUCCAAUCCUGCUUCGGAUGCUCAAACGCGUUCUGACUUAUGGUGACGGUCCGGUCCAGCUUUUGCUUGGAAUUCUGUGCUGCUGCCUGGCCUACGGACACUGUACCAUGUGCAUCAGCUGGGUAGUGGCCUCACUUACGUGUUUCAUGCAGAGCUACUCUCCAACGCUUCUCCUGAUUUUCCUAUUGGUUCUGGUCGUCCAGGUAGUGCAAGUCACCUGGCUUUUUUCCCCAAAUGCACGCGGUACCCAAAAGCAGCCAUCGGGACGUUCCGUUUUGCGUCAAGUUCAGUAUGACGUUGUGCAAGAGGGUGGCAGCUCUGGUCUGGAGAGCUCUAGCAGCUCUGGUCUGGAAAGUUGUGGACUCUUGGAUUGCUCCUAA